AUGGAGGUCAGCCGUUACCUUCGAAAGUAUGGCAUCAUCUUCCUUUUCCUGGCUGUAUUUGUCUUCAUGUUUGUGAUAUAUAGUAUGGACAUCAUCGAGGUGAAACUAGUUCAUCCUAGUGAAGCUAUAACGGUGCUGCGCAGGCUGAACAGAGAGCAACCAGACAGAACUGACUUCAGGACCUUCUUCCGGUCAGGCUCUGUUUCUGAAACUACUGCCUGUAACUGGUGCCUGCGUCCGAACCAGCAGCCGCUGUGCAACUACACUGACCUCAAUACAGGUGAAUCUUGGUUCUGUUUCAAACCAAAGAACCUGAGCUGCAAUACCAGAAUCACCCACUUCAUGGCAGGAGUCAAAAAAAAUCUCAAGGCCAAUGAGGAGAAGCUGUUUCAAAGUGGUGUCAACCUGAAAGUCUCCAUUCAGGCUUCAGGACCUGCUGCUGUCACUGUGUUGCCAAAUAAGAAAGAUCUCAAGGAAUUUAACCUGUACAGAAACAACAAAUUUGGACCUUUAAUGGCCUUGGAUCUAGCAAACGACAUCAUGAUGACCUUCCGCGGCCAUGGUCCUCCUAUCAUCUCCGUUACCAUAAUUCCAGUCGCCCAGAUGCAUUACGUUGCCAAUGAACUAGAUGGACUAACUGGAGGCACCAACACUGUUGUCGUUGUUUCCGUCUGGGCACAUUUUUGCCCUUUUCCCAUUCAGAUGUACAUCCGGCGGAUACAGGACAUCCGCAGGGCUGUUGUGCGGCUGUUGGACAGGGCUCCAGGCACAUUGGUCAUCAUCCGGACUGCAAACCUGAGAGCUUUAAGCCUUGAUGUGGCGCUGCUUCACAGCGACUGGUAUGCGCUACAUUUUGACAAGGUUCUCAAAGCCAUGUUCAAAGGACUGAAUGUUCAUCUGGUGGAUGCCUGGGAGAUGAGCCUGGCUCAUCACGUGCCACACGAAGUCCAUCCACUGCCUCCUGUUGUUACAAAUAUGAUUGAUGUCCUGUUGUCCUACAUAUGCCCUCAAAAAGGUGGCUAGAAUCGUGUUUAUUGGGCAGUGUAGGGCAAAUUAGUUGAAAACAGCAAUAUAGUACUCAUUACAGAUUUAAAAAAUCAUUAUAUUACUUUUCUAUUUACUGAUCAGCAAAAGGGAUGCAUUAAAUUAGUCGCUGCUUUACUUUUGUUACUCACCCCAGCUACAUCAGCUGCCUUUAAACAACUCCAAAUCCUCCACACCCCAUCAUCUUGUAUUAACACGUGCAGAAAUAGAAAACCAGACACUGUGGUAAAAUAAGCAGACACACCUACAAUGUGGCAGAAUUUAUUGCUAAUGUAGCCUCAGUGGUCGCAUGAGUCUCUCCAGAAGUCCCGACCUCUGCUUCACAGUUCACCCUCCUCUUCAAUUCUAAGCAAAGCAUCGUGUAUGUUUCAAGCAACUGCUCACUCACUAUAUUUGUUAUGAUCUACUUAUAACCAGGGAGUGUUGAGAGAACAAUAAAAAAAUAGGACAGGAUGGAAAACAACUAUUAGUCAUGUUGUGACAGUGUUAGACAUAACCCUCGCUAAGUGAUCACACUUAGACA